AUGGGGCAGGCGCUUGAAGCGCUGGCAACUCCGCAGUCAUUGAACGCUCGCAGACCCGAGGCUCCCACUCUUCCCAGCUUCGAACUUCCUCCGCCCAAUUUCCAGAUUGCCGGUUUGACUCCCAAGUUCUCGUCUUCGCAGCCUAACAUUCAUCCUCCAUCCAGUGCCGGUGUCACCAAUCUGCUCACUCCCCCGGAAACGAGUCAACCCGGAGACGGGACAAACCAAUUGCAACCGGUGACGGCUGCCACUGCGGUGACUGCCGGUUCUGCAUUACCUUCGGGGUACACCCCAGCUUACUGGCCAGGGCACAAUCCAUACUCCGGCGCCUCGGGGCCACCUCAGCAUUGGGCAUCUGGUGUCAAUGCGGUGUAUCCUCCACGCGCUGCUUUUUCUCCACCAUUAGGGCAGUACGGACGUGAUACUUCGACGGUGGCUUCUCCCCCCACAACAGACGCAAUGCCACAACAGGCGUACGAUAUUAACCAAUUGCCCCCACUCCAACAACCACUUCCUAUUCCGUCAUCCAAUGUCCCCACUGCUACACAGCAGCAGCAGCAACAACAACAACAACAACAACAACAACAACAACAGCAAGCUAUGGCAAUGAUGAAUGCCCAAAGUGCGCCGCAACGCAAGCCGACCGCAUCUCCGCAGUCCCUGGCCUCGGCUGAUCCGUACGGGCCAAAACCCCAGUCGGCUGUACCUUACGGGAACUCGCCACCAAUGCCCGGUGCUCACCAUCAAAGCAGUUAUGCAUCCCCAUACGGUGGGUCUCCAGCUCUGGUACAUGGCGGACAUGGAAUGAAUGCUCCCGGAAGGAUGCCUCCUGGCCCAAAUCACCCGAAUGCUGGACCCCCGCCGCAAUUGGGCUACCAUCGCCCGCCGUGGCCGUCGUAUUCGCUUCCCGCCAUGCCUGGGCCGAUCAUGACCAAUGUACAUAACCCGAACAGUCCUAUGUCACUGGUUGGUGGUUUGCAGCCCGGAUUCUUGGCCGGGUUCAACAGUGGACAUGUUGCUAGCAUGCAGCAAAUGUACGGAGGACAUCCUCCGCUGACCGGCCAUGCACAGCCUAGUCCGGCUAAUGACCGCCCAUUCAAAUGUGAUCAAUGUCCGCAAAGCUUUAACCGGAAUCAUGACCUAAAACGACACAAGCGAAUUCAUCUCUCUAUCAAGCCAUUCCCGUGCGCCCAUUGCGACAAGAGCUUUUCCCGCAAAGAUGCGUUGAAGCGUCAUAUUCUUGUCAAAGGCUGUGGGAAGGGUAAUCCAACUGACAGUGGUGACGCGAACACAAGUUCAGCAAAACCUGCAGGUGAGAACGCAAACCCUGCAGCAAAGGACAAGGAAAACAGUGACGAUGGGAGUUCUGUAGCCACGGGCGGGAAUUGA